AUGUGCGUCGACUAUCGCGCCCUCAACGACGUCACCGUCCCGGAUACCUUCCCGCUGCCCAUCAUCGAAGAUCUCCACGAUCAACUAGGGGGAGUGGAACACGUGAUCACCCUCGACCUCAAGGCCGGCUUCCACCAAAUCAAAAUCAAGGAGGAAGACAAACCGAAGACUGCCUUCGCCACCCCUACCGGACUAUACCAAUUUCGCGUUAUGCCCUUCGGACUCAUCAACGCCCCAGCCACGUUCCAACGGAUGACGACCAAACUCCUCGAAGAUCGUCUAGGGAGCGGGUGUCUCGUCUACAUUGACGAUAUCGUAAUCUACGGUAGCUCGUGGCCGUCACUCAUGAGCAACUUCGAAUGGGUACUCCAGAGACUGCGCGACCACGAAGUAUUUCUCAACAUUCGCAAAAGUCACUUCGGCCUGUCCGAGUUCGAAUACUUGGGCGUCACCAUCCGCGACGGCAAGAUCUACCCAUCCAAAAAAUCCAUCGCCACUAUCCAAGGCCUCUCUCCCCCGGAAGACGUCAAUGGCGUUCGACGCCUCCUAGGCCUGGUCGGGUACCUACGUAAGUUCAUACCCGACUUCGCCGCCCUCGUCAAACCGAUCCAAGAGCUCAUCACUGCGGAAGAAUUCGUCUGGUCCGACGAAUGUCAACGGAAGUUCGAGGACAUCAAACGUCUACUCACCACAUCCCAGCCGUCACUGUGCCUGCCGCGCUCCGGACUGCCUUUCUACCUGGACACCGACGCGUCCACAUACGCCAUCGCCGGCGUACUGCAGCAAAGAGAAGGAGACACCACUUACGUCCUCCAAUUCGCCUCUAAGAAGCUCACCACCGCCGAAGCAAAAUGGCCGAUCUACGAACUGGAAGCAUACGCCAUCGUGUGGUCCAUCUUCCAUUUCGCCCACUACCUCAGAGGGAAGGAAUUCAUCGUCCGCACUGACCACCAAAGCCUCAAAUGGCUCUGGAACACGGAGAAGUCGCGCAUCGCACGCUGGGCGAUGUUCCUCCAAGAAUUUCAGUUCAAGGUUGUCUACCGCGCCGGCCGGGACCAGCAACACGUAGACAUCUUCACUAGGGACAUCCAGUUCAGCAAACUGGACGAGGACAUCGACGCUCGAUGGGUCCUCGCCUCUCACACGGACGUACGGCCAUACAUGCUGACACUCAACGAAACGUUCCCCUCGCCCGACGACUUCGUCACCGCCUUCAACGGCGAGCAAGAACACCCGCCUCAACAUACCCUACAGAACGGGUUACCCAUCGUCAACAAUCGGGUAUAUGUCCCCGAGCCGUUGCGCCGUCGGAUCCUCUUCUACUUCCACUUCUCCCGCGUCGGGGCUCAUCAAGGGAUCCAGCGGUCGUACAACCGACUAGCGAAGUACUUCUGGUGGAAUAAUAUGUUCAAUGACGUCCGCAACUUCGCCAAACAAUGCCUAACCUGCAUCAGGAGGAGGCACACGGCUAUCGACUUC